AUGACCGUAAAAUAUAACUUGGCUGUAUCAACAUCGCGACCGUGGACCCUGUUCAAAUUAUUAUUUCGAUGGCGUGGAAGUGUUUGGAAGUCGGUGACCUUUGAACUUGUCAUUUGGUUAUUGCUUUAUUUUACCAUCGGUAUUAUUUAUCGUAAAAUGUUGUCACCUCAACAAAUUAGGUCUUAUCCACUGUCACUUCUUGGACGUAGACCACCUAAUUGUUGUAAGUUUUAUGUUUAUACGUGUUCAUGUUAUCGUUAUGAACCAUUAAUGAAAAUUGCAAAUAAGUUAAAAACACUGAUUGAAUUUGUUGCGCAGGAGACAUUUUACGAAUGGUCUCGAGAGGAGAAUGGUACAAAACGACAUGCCGGUGUCUUAGCUCUUUCUGCUAUUGUUCAGGCAUUUCCAUACAGCGUUCCAUCAUUCUUGCCGAAAAUCCUGAUGCAACUUUGUCGUCACACUUGUGACAAACAACCUAUGCAAGAUACAGUGAAGAAAGCGUUGAGUGAAUUCAAGCGUACUCAUCAAGAUAAUUGGCAUGAACAUAAGAUGCAGUUCAGUGAAGAUCAACUUUCCAUUCUGACAGAUCUGUUCGUUUCACCCAAUUAUUACGUCUGA